CCGCAACGCGGUGCGCGGAACAAGAGACUGCUUGCUGUUAUGGCUAACUGUAAAGUUUUAGGGGAACCCGUAGCGGCAAUGGAGUUUGUAGAUGAAAUCAGGCUGCUUACCCUAAGAAAGCAUGGAGGUGGCGCAUUCCCAGGAGUUUUAGUUUAUGCUGUCCCUCUUCAAAUGGAACUCAGCAGACACUUUCAUUCUUGUCACUAUCCUUGAUUCGACUGCUUUGAACUUCCUCUAAUCUCUCGAGAUGUGGAACGCUUUCGAAUUCCUAAAAACCAGCGGAAAGCGUUUCUGCAUUUUCGGAUUGCUCAGCGACCCCCGAAGGCUGCAGAAAGGCUGCUCUUCACAAUUCACGAGCAUGCAAGUUGUUAUGGAUUGUUGUUCUUUGAAACAUACAAGUGCUGGCCUAAAAUUCAUCAUUGGAUGGGGAUCCCUCAUCUUCUUUUCCUGGCUGGAGUCGUUCUCGUUCCCUUGAGAAGAAGUCAGGACUAUGUUAGAGAGUUUGCGCUAAAACAACAACGAACUCGCUUACAACCCACCCCGACAAGCCCAUCAGGAC